AUGGCGUCCCAGCCCGACUUCGUCAGGGCCAUGACCAACCGGUCGGUCCGCACUGUUCGAUUAGAACUUGAGUUCCUUGCAGAUGCCUCGGUCAUCACGCCACAGCAACUCUCCUCCAUCCUUUCGCAACUGCCGUCGGAGGAUGCACGUCAACCUUCGGCGCCUCGACAGCAUCAAUCGCCACCGGCUGUCGCUCCAUCCCCAAUUCCGGCCCCGGCUCCCGUGCGAGCGCCGGCUCAGACGCAGCCUCCCCCUGCUCCGUACUCCCCUCCCACGAACCAGUUCGCCAAUGCCUCGUUGAACGAGAAGGCGACGUAUCAGCAGCCGCCGACGCCGCAGUACAACCCAACCCCUCCCCCGCCGGCCUAUCCCCAAGUCCCGCCAGUUCUAUCCAUUGCCUCUGCACUGUAUGCAUACACCCCGACGGACCCCGGCGAUUUGGCUUUGCAGCCCAACGACCGGGUUCAGGUUCUCGAGCACAUGAAUGCCGACUGGUGGCGCGGACGUAAUGAGCGCACCAACCUCGAGGGUAUCUUCCCUCGUAGCUAUGUGAAUGUGAUCCAGGAUAAGGGAGUGGCCGGGCCGCAGCCAUCUGGCUAUGGCAACAUGCCCCUCGAGGUCAGCCAGAGUGGCUCCUCGGCCGACCCCGAAGGCAAAAACGGCAAGUUUGAGGAACACGGCAAGAAGUUUGGCAAGAAAUUGGGUAAUGCCGCCAUCUUCGGUGCUGGUGCUACUGUUGGCUCCAACAUUGUGAAUAGCAUUUUCUAA